GUACAGAAAUUUUUCACCAAUAAAAAAAAACUACGAACGAAACGAUCAUCCAAUUAAAGCUUUCUGGAAUCUCUUCGCUCGCAGCAAAAAGUCCCCGCAAAGCCAAGUGCAGUUCACACGCCCUAAAUAAAAGGCAUCGAUAUUCGGCAAAAAGUCAUCAAGUGCCGUGAACGCAGUUGUUCCCCUUUUAGCCCGUUGGUGAAGCAAUCCGUGUUGCGGGUUUCGCAUAGCUGCACCUGCUUGUUAUUUUUUUUCUGUGCGCGGAAACUUCCCGUAAAAGCAUUCACCAUAGGGCUAUCCGAGACAGCCGUGAUGGAUAUAAUGGCCUCGAAUCUGCAGCAGCAACGAGCAAUCACCGAGCAGCUCCGGCGCGAAGCUGCCAUCCAGCGCAUCACGGUGUCGCAGGCCGUGGCGGACAUCGUGAAGUACGUGACGGAGCACCAGGCCGAAGACUGCCUGUUGGUCGGGUUCUCCAGCCAGAAGGUGAACCCGUUCCGCGAGAAGAGCUCCUGCAGCAUUCUGUAAGCUUGCCUGCACGAUGGAUGCUGCAGUACUCGUUAGUUUUGCCCCUAUUUUCGCUGGAAUGUAGGAAACAGAUCCAGCGGAAGGAACAGCUCUAUCGUCUCUAUGGCGCGAUGACGUCAUCCGGAAAAAGGAGGAUGAGGAGGUAGUAUAGGAAGCAUGCUCAAAAUUGUACCGCCAAGAUAAAUUGAUGUGUUAAGUGUCUAUUUGGAAAUGGAGUAACCGUGCCCUCCCCGGUAAAAUGCAACAAGAGAAACGCACACAACAAUCCCGUAAAUCAGCCUACAGCGAAUGUUGCUCGUACAACAGUUUGCGUGAGCAAAACAGGAAGCGCAACAGUUUGUUGCUUCGAAUGUCACCCGAUUACUCACAUCGCUAACACCAACCCUAUAUCUCAUCCCUCUCCAACCUCGACGCUUCUCGUAGGAUAAUGUAAAGCAUAGAAAAGAACUCAACGCCAUCAAAUAAAUUAUACCACCCAAUGGUGUGGUAGAGUGGAAAUUGCAACCUCCUCGACACAGUCUGAUCAGAAAAUUCAAUCCAACCAUAUUUACCGUCACCACCGGAACCACCGCCUAUACAACCGUAUACAGGAGGAUGAUGGGUGUUUUUCUACCUGGGAGGAACACGCCCGCUCGAAGACGGUGGGACACCUACCUACCCCAACUAGUACCGUGUUUUUAUAGAAAUUUUACUCCAGUACAGUAACCACCCGUGUCACCAAUCGCUAGAAAGGCAAAGUAGAAGAAAAAAGAGCAAAAUGCAUCUCUCUCUAUAUAUUGAAACUAACCAACAGACUGGAGUUUUCUCAGACGCUUCCAUUCGUUUUUAAAACCUACACGUAUACUGAAGGAUGGGGAUUGAAAGAAGGGAAUUGCUAAAGUGUUGCUACCACGCUUUCCUAUCCAUUUAUCAGAAAGCAGGAAUCUCAUUAGCCAACCAAAAACUCAACAAAAAAAA